GUGCUGCAAUCCAUCUGAAAGUCAUCCAACAAAUAUACGUGACUGCAGAGUCUGAUGGCCAGCAGAGUGUUUUUCUGCCAGUUUCAAUAAGGUCUGAGGGGCUGUUCUUAGGCUGUAAAUUAUGCUGGGAAUGUGACUGUCUCGGGCAAGCAGGAGUGUCAAAUGUUUGCAUAAGGCUAAUAGAAAUCAAUAACUGCUCAUGGGAAAAAACAUAGUGAGAAAGUAACAAAAUGGUUUGACAUUACAGAAAAAUCCAUUUGCAAUGGCUUUAAUCAACCUGCUGGCAUCUAGUCUCACCACGACAUUACUGCUUUAUUCUCUACUUGGGAUUCUGCUCAUUUCCUUCAUCAUCACGUUCAGGAGUAGGCCUCGGAUUAACUACCCACCUGGACCUAGCCCUCUCCCAAUAAUAGGGAACCUGCACCAGCUGGAUCUGAAAAGGCUUUACAAAUCUCUGGUCAAGUUGUCAGAGAAAUAUGGCUCAGUGUACUCUGUGAGCCUGGGCCCAGAGAAAGUGGUGGUUCUAGCUGGGUAUGAGACAGUGAGGAAUGCUCUCAUUAACCAUGCUGAUGAAUUCCUGGGAAGACCUGAUGUACCUAUCAUGAACGUGCUUAAAGAAGGAUCUGGUGUUGUUUGGUCCAAUGGGGAGCCAUGGAAACAAAUGCGAAGGUUCAUGCUCUCAACCCUACGAGAUUUUGGAAUGGGCAAGAAAUCUAUCGAGGACAAGAUAAUCGAGGAAGCUGGAUUCCUGGUGAGAAAGAUUGAAUCGUACAAAGGUCAGCCAUUUGACACGGACAUUAUAACAAACUUUGCCACAGCCAAUGUCAUCUGCUCCAUAGUAUUUGGAGACAGGUUUGAUUAUGAGGACAAGACAUUUCUCAACAUAGGAAACAUGGUCCAUGAAAGCUUUCGACUACUUGGCAGCCCCAUGGUCCAGGUGUACAAUGCUUAUCCAUUUCUGAAGUUUCUACCUGGAAGCCACAAAGAGAUCUGCAAACAAUUUGAGAUGCUGAAGACAUGUUUGAUGGAGAUCAUCAAAGGUAAACAACAGGAGCUGAAUGAGAAUGACAUCAGGAGCUUCAUUGAUACGUACACUGUGAAACAGCAAGAGGAGGCGGGAAACCCAAACACAUACUUCCAUGAAAAGAACUUAGUGAUCACAACGAGUGAUCUGUUCAUUGCCGGAAUGGGAACUGCUGCCACCACCAUUCGCUGGGCACUUUAUAUCAUGAUGAAAUUCCCAGAGAUUCAGGGGAAAGUUCAUGAAGAAAUUGACCGAGUGAUUGGAUCAGAGCGAUCUCCCAGGAUGGAGGACAGGAAGUCUAUGCCCUACACUGAUGCUGUUAUCCACGAGGUCCAAAGGUUUGCGAACAUCGCCCCAUUGGGCAUUCCACGAUCGACGACCGUGGACAUCAAUUUCCAAGGAUAUUUCAUCCCAAAGGGAACUUACAUUAUUCCUUUAUUGGCCUCAGUGCUUUAUGACAAAAGCCAAUGGGAAAAACCUGAUGAGUUCAACCCAGCUCAUUUCCUGGAUGCUGCAGGCAAAUUUGUGAAGAGAGAUGCCUUCAUACCUUUCUCUACAGGUCGCAGGAUCUGCCCUGGGGAAACCCUGGCAAAGGUGGAGCUCUUCCUUUUCUUUGUAACUUUGCUGCAGAGGUUUGACUUGCAUUCUCCACCAGGAGUGAGUGAUCUGGACCUGACGCCAGUCGUAGGUGGAAUAUUGAAUCCAAAACCUCAUCAGGUCUGCGUUGUGCCUCACGUCCACCUUGGUUGACCAGUCCUAUCAUUCUCACAAUGUCAACAGAUGAUUAUAAAAACUUUGAACAUAAAUAGUGUUUUGCAGUCCGGUGAUCCAAACAUUUUCAAGGUAUUGUUGUUACAUUCACUGACAGUCUCGUUUAAAUGUAAAACCCUCUUUUUGUUCUUUGUUUCAGUCAAUAUCUAAUGAGUCUAACUUACAGACAGGUCGAUAAAGUGGAGCGUUAUUCACUGCGCCAUCUUUGAAAUCUACCUGUAGGCUUAUCAAGCAAGCACACACAAAAUUUGUGAGUUAUCACAUCUGCUACAAAAUUCCUUCAAUGGCUGCUUACUGUUGAAAUGAACAUUCACAGGUAGAUUGACACAUGAUAUCAAUACAUUCCAACUGGGACAACAGGAAAUAUUCUCAACAUCACCCACUCCCACCCCACUCCAAACCCAACUAUUAAAAAAAAAUGAUAAGGAUUUUAUUUUAUUUGAAGGACUUCACAAGCUUCAAAAUCUCCCCUUCCUCCACUGCAUCCCAAAACCAGCCCAGCUCGUCCCCUCCCCCCACUGCAUCACAAAACCAGCCCAGCUCAUCCCCGCCUCCCUAACCCGUUCUUCCUCUCACUAUCCCCUCCUCCCACCUCAAGCCGCACCUCCAUUUCCUACCCACCACCUCAUCCCGCCUCCUUGACCUGUCCGUCUUCCCUAGACUGACCUAUCCCCUCCCUACCUCCUCACCUAUACUCUCCUCUCUACCUAUCUUCUCCUCUAUCCAUCUUCAGUCCGCCUCCCCCUCUCUCCCUAUUUAUUCCAGUUCCCUCUCCCUAUCCCCGUCUCAUGAUGAAGGGUCUAGGCCCGAAACAUCAGCUAUUGUGCUCCUGAGAUGCUGCUUGGCCUGCUGUGUUCAUCCAGCUCCACACUUUGUUAUCUAGGCUUUUAUUUAAAUCUGCUUCAUUCACACCUUGUGAAUUGAAAAAUGAAAAGGAAGAUGCCAUUAGGCCCUCCUGCUGUCAUAAUUUCAGAAGGUUACCUCCAUCGAUGUGCAACAUGCAGGAAUACUGAAGUAGAUUUAAAUAAAAGCCUUAUCAUUUUUUUUAAUAGUUGGAGCUGGAUGAACACAGCAAGCCAGGCAGCAUCAGGGGAGCAGGAAAGUUGACGUUUCGGGUCUGGGUCUGGCCUGCUGUGUUCAUCCAGCUCCACAUCUUGUUAUCUCAGAAUCCGGCAUCGGCAGUUUUAACCACGCAGCAAAAGACACCAGUUAGUUUUCUUUAUAAAUGCAAAUAAAGCCAUGACGACAUCAAUGGAAGUUGACUCAAGGACAAAAACCAUGUUAACAACUAUUCACUCUCCUUUCCAGAUCGUUGUCAAAGCCCUUGCCUAUCCACCUGCUCUUCUCUCUCUUGGGCUCGAUCCUUUCGUUUACUCCCUACCCCCACCCCCUCCCUAUUUUCUGCACAUAAACCUACAUUUUCCCAGCUACCAUCAAUUCUGAAGAGGGGUCACCAGACCCGAAAUGUUAACUCUGAUUAUCUCUUCACAGAUGCUGGCAGACCUGCUGAGCUUUUCCAGCAACUUCCGUUCUUAUUCCGGAUUUACAGCAUCCGCAGUUUUCCAUAAGGAGUCUGUCCACAAGGCCUUAGCUUGCAAGAUCUGGAUUCAUUACAACCCAUACAUUCACACUUCUCUCAGGCCACAAUGAGGAGGUCUCAAGUCUCCUAUGGUUCUAUGUAACUCAUCAAGACUCGUUCCACAGCAUCUUCUAAACUCACAAUCUCUAUCACCUAGAAGGACAAGAGUAGUAGAUAGCUGGAACGCCACCACCAGCAAGUUCCUCUCCAGGCCACUCACCACCCUGACUUGGAAAUGUAUCACCAUUACUUCACUGUCACAGGAUCAAAAUCCGAGAACUUAUCUCUCUUGUGGCAUUAUGGGUGUUCCUACAUCCCAAGGAAUGCAGCGGUUUAAGAAGGCAGUUCACCACCACCUUUGCAAGGUUAAUUCAGGAUGGACAGACUGAUAUUGGUCCAGUCAGCAACAUCCAUAUUCUGCAAAAUAGUUUUUAAAACGCUUACCUUAUCCUGCCACCCUGCUCCUUAUAUCAAGCAUUUACAUUGGAACAAGGUUUAUUUCUUAUCAUGUCUAAUAACUGGAAGGCUUGACUAACCCAACAAUAUGUGCAUUUAGACAUAUUUCCAUUUAUCACAUGGUAAAAAAAAACCACAUGAGUUUCUGUCCAGAGACUGUUCACGUCUGUGUAUUUCUAAUCAAUCUACUCAGAUGUGUUAUUGCACAACCCUAGAACAAAUGCCAAAUGUGAAUCCAGGCCUUCUGCCACAAGAGCUCUUCCAGGGAUUUCUCCUCAUAUAGCUGGCCAUUUGGAUGCAAAAUUGACUUUAAGGUAGAAGGCAGAGGGUGGGACAGAAGAUUGCUUUUAGGACUAGAGGCCUGUGACCAGCGGUGUUCCGCAAGGAUCGGUGCUGUCUUCACAGUUUUUUGCCAUUUAUACAAAUGAUUCAGAUGUGAACAUAGGAGUUAUGGUUAGUACGCUUGCAGAUCUCACCAAAAUUGGUGGUGUAGUGGACAGUGAAGAAUGUUACCUCAGAAUACAAUGGGACCUUGAUCAGAUAGGCCAAUGGACCAAGUAGUUGCUGAUGGAGUUUAUUUUAGAUAAAUGUGAGUUGUUGCAUGUUGAUAACAUAAAUCAAGGCGGGACUUAUAUACUUAAUGGUAGGGUCUUGGGCAGAGUUGCAGAACAAAGAAACCUUGAAGUGCAGGUUCCUAGUUCCUGGAAAGUGGAGUCGCGGGUAGACAAUGUAGUGAAGAAGGUGCUUGGUGCACUUGCCUUUUACUGGUUAUUGUAUAGAGUAUAGGAGUUGUGAGGUCAUGUUCCAGCUAUGCAGGACUUUUGUUAUGGCCUCUUGGAAAACUGCAUUCAGUUCUGGUUUCCCUUCUAUAGAAAAUACGUAGUGAAACUGGAAAGGGUUCAGAAAAGAGUUACAAGGAUGUUGCCAGCUAUGGAGGGCUUCAACUUUCGAGAGAGUCUGAAUAGGCACGAUCUAUUUUCCCUGGAGCAUAGGAGGCUGAGGGAUGACCUUAUAGAAGUUUAUGAAAUCAUGAUGAGCAUGACUAGGGCAAAUCCAAAAGUUUUUGUUUUUUUCUUUAUUCAUUCAUGGAGUGAGGGCAUCACUUGUAGGUAGCAUUUAUUACCCAGGGGGCAUUUGAGAGUCAACCACAUUGCUGUGGGUCUGGAGUUACAUGUAGGCCAGACUGGUAAGUUUCCUUCCCUAAAGAACGUUAAUGAACCACAUGGGUUUUCUCAACAAUCAGUAACGGAUUCAUGGUUAUCUCUAGAUUCUUAAUUCCAAAUUGUUUUUAUUGAAUUCAAAUUCCACUAUCUGUCAGAAGAGAUAACAAGGUGUAGAGCUGGCUGA